UUUGAUUUUGAUUUUCAGUUUCAACCGAUUUAAAUUGCUUUGAUGAAAAAUUCGUAAUUUUCGUGCGAGUGUUUUCGGUUGAAUUAAUUUUAUAAUUUUGAAAGAAAUGCUUCUCUGUUGUAUAAUUGUAGUAUAAUUUUCUCCCAUGUACGUAUACAUUUUCAGUGAGAAUACAAGUGAUGUGUUAAAUUCGAGUAUUCAGUGUCUUAAAUUUUAUCAGCUUUAGAAAAUUUUUCAUAUUUGUGAUAGUGUUUUUUGCGUGUAAAUUUUAUGUGUAUUUCGUCAAUUUUUCGUGUACUUCGCUUGCUAUUUAGUUUCCUAUUGUUCAUUCACUGAUAAGCUAUGAUUCAAUGGUCGAAAAUCUGAUGUCCUAACGCCACAUCCAAUUCAGAUACAUUGCGAAUGUCACCAAAAUGGAUAUCAACGAUUCUCGGAAUUCGAUGUCUUCCAAACAAGAACGUCUCAUUGUCUGCCCGAAACGGAAACAGAGCAAAUGGGAUGACAAAAAUCAAAAUAAAGUCAAGGUGAAAUUAGAGCACGUGCUCGGUUUGACUGUGACUAGCAAUGCUGCCUUAGACUGUGAUAGUAAGACUGGAAUUAUAGCGUAUCCCGCUGGAUGUACCAUAGUAUUUUUAAGCCCAUACCGCGAGAAGCAGUCACACCUAUUAAAUGAUUCUCGUAAAUCGGUCACCUGUCUGACGUAUUCGCCCGAUGGUCGGUUUUUGGCUACCGGGGAAUAUGGACACCAGCCGAGUAUUAGAAUUUGGGAUUUGUCCGAUAACACCAAAUGUUGCGAAUUUAGUGAUCAUAAAUGCGGCAUCAAUUGUUUGGUCUUUUCACCGAAUCAGAAGUACCUCGUGUCCGUUGGCUCGCAACAUGAUAUGAUAAUCAACGUUUGGGAUUGGAGAUCGCGUAUUAAAAUUGGCGCCAAUAAAGUAUCGACGAAAAUAAAAGCGGUCGCUUUUUGCGAAACGGGCGAUUAUUUCGUUACAGUUGGGAACCGUCACGUGAAAUUUUGGUACAUUCAACAUUCGAAGCAAUCUCUGAAUAAAGACCAGCCCGGACUCAUCGGUAGAGCUGCCAUAUUAGGCGAACAACAGAACAAUGAUUUCGUGGACGUGGUCUGCGGCAAAGGCAAUUUCCAAGAUAUGACUUAUGUGAUAACACGAAGUGGCAUAUUAUGCGAAUUCAACGGCAGACGAUUAUUAGAUAGAUGGGUUAACGUUAAAACGAGCUGCGCAUUUUGUAUUACCGCCGGCGAGGAAUAUUUAUUCAUCGGUUGCGCCGAGUCCAUUAUACGUUGUUUUAGCCUCUCUUCUUUAGCAUUUGUUACUACUCUACCGAGAACUCAUUAUCUGGGAGUUGAUGUUUCCAGAGCUUUAAAUAUAGCCCAUACAGCUACUCAUCCAAAAGAUGCCAGGUAUCCGGAUACGAUCGCUGUCGUGUACGAUGAAACGCACAAGAAAUUAGCUUGCGUGUAUAACGAUCAUAGUUUAUAUAUUUGGGAUAUACACGAUAUUAAAAAAGUUGGUAAAUCGAAUUCAUACCUUUACCAUUGUGCUUGUAUAUGGGGUGUGGAAACAUACCCGAAUAUCGAAAACAGCGCCAUUCCACCAGGUUCUUUCAUCACGUGUUCUAGCGACGACACCAUUCGUUUUUGGAACUUAGAUAAGCAUAAAAAUAAUUUCAGCGCAGAUAGCGCUUACCAGUCAAAUAUUUAUAGUAACGAGCUUAUGAAAGUGAUUUACAUAGAUCCGGAGUUACAAUAUAUCAAAAAUACCGACAUAGGAUUAACCGAUAAAACCGAAAAUGUAUCCUAUGAUGAUCGAAAUGGUGUUCGUUCAAUGGGGAUUAGUCCAGAUGGUCAACAGUUAGCUACCGGUGACCGGUCUGGAAACAUUAGGGUUUAUGGAUUGAAAAAUGUCGAAGAAGUUUGUAAAAUCGAAGCUCACGAUGCCGAAGUGUUAUGUUUAGAAUAUGCCCCAGUGAUACCCAACUCCAAUAAACGUUUGUUAUUGUCCGCCUCUAGGGAUAGAUUAAUACACGUGUUCGAUGCUAGUGAUUAUUAUAAGUUUGUGGAAACAUUGGACGAUCAUUCGUCAUCCAUAACAGCCAUUAGAUUUAUCGAUAUGAACGGUCAGUUGCAAUUGGUCUCGUGUAGUGCCGAUAAAUCGAUAAUUUUCAGAAGAUAUCAACUUCAGGGUAAAAACGGUCAUUUUGUCAGAGACAGAUUACUGGCUGGUAAAAGCACCUUGUACGAUAUGGCAGUGGAUUGUUCGCAGAAAUACAUAUUAACAGCGUGCCAAGAUAGAUAUAUCCGUGUAUAUAAUGUGAAUAAUGGUAAACAAUGUAAAAACUUCAAAGGAUCGGUUGGCGAAGAUGGAUCAGUCAUCAAGGUUGCUUUAGACAGCAGUGGACGAUACCUGGCGACCAGUUGCACCGAUAAAACGCUUUGCAUAUUUGAUUACUAUUCCGGCGAAUGUAUCGCUUCGAUGUGUGGCCAUUCCGAAUUAGUCACCGGAUUAAGAUUCAGCAACGAUUGCGAACGUCUAGUUUCGGCUUCCGGCGACGGGUGUAUAUUCGUUUGGAGAUUACCGCGUGAUAUGGUUGUCACAAUGCAGACUAGAAUGGCUCAACAACGUGCUAGGUUCUCAAGUCCCAAAUCAAUGUACGAGAACCCUGAAGAUCAAAUGAACGAGAUUAUGAUUUCUUCGCAUUUAAAACAAGAUAUCGGUAGAGAUUUAAAUAGUGAUAUGAGAUUUAACGAUGGUCAGUUACCAUUAUGGGUGACGAAAACAGAAAAUGAAGAGUCAUCCUUGAUAUCGAAUGCUAAUACGAGAAAAAUGAUGCCCAAAGGAAGAUGGGCUCAGAGAAUAACGCCAUUCCCUCAAGAUGGCAUCUUCCAUUUACCAUCAGGUCGAGAAUCAGACGGCUCCAAAGAAGACAGUUCAGUCGACAGCGGAACCGAAACUUCCAGACCGGAAGACCGCCACGAAAAACUAAUCGUUCCUCAGAAGAUGAUAAGGUCACCGCCGAAAUUCAUCACCGUUGAUGAUAGCACAGAUAGGAUGGACUUAAAUAACACCGAUAAAGGGAUGUAUCGAAGAUCUAAUACUCAGAAUAUUAGCGAUAUACAAGAUAUGCAUCGUAUGAGGCAACACACCGAUGAUAGUUCUUUGGGAAGUUUCAAGAACGAGGACUUGGAAAGUACGGAACACGAUGGCGACAUAGAAGACUACUCGGAAGUGGAAUCGGCCGAAAACGAACCUAAUAACAAAGUCAUGUAUUACGAAACGGUCGACGACGCGUUGAGUGAGUUUAAGGUGAAUGCCAUCGAUGCCGAUGAAUUGAGAAAAUCACAAAGGAAGAUGAAAAGGAACGCUUUAGCUAAGAAGAAUCCCACUUUGGAUAUAGCUGCGUACUCGGUGUCUGGUAGUCAGGAAAGCGACGACGAUGAUGAUGAAGGAGGUUCUACGCCCAGUGCUGAUAACUCCGAGAAAGCCAAUUCGUUGUCUUUGAGCAGCGUCGAUGCAUUUAUCCAAAGAGAAAAAUACCUAAAAGGAACGUACGAAUCAUUGAGUGGAAUGGAAAUGGAUAUGAAACACAAUUCAGAAUACCAAGAUAAAAAACACACCAUUUCAUCUCAACAUCACAGCUUUAAUUCGGAUUAUAAAAAUCAAAAGAUUAUUCAAGCCACUAUUCAGACGAAAAAUGAUCUUGAGGCGAAUCGUAAAAGGCAAGAGUUGCAGUCUCGAUUAGAAGAUAUUCGAGGAAAAUUGGAAUGCGCCGGCCAUUCAUCGUUGAAAUCUAGUCAAAGUACGAUGGACUUACGACGUAACGAAACCUACUUCGUGCCGAUGUCCAUCCAUAAGCCGAAUAACGAUUUCCAAGUGACUGAUAACGGCGAUGUUGGCAUGAGAAGAAGCUGUUCAUUGAGUGAUUUAUCUGGCUCGAGUAUGUUGGUAUCGCCAAACAAUCAAAAGAAAUACGGAGAUAAAUAUUCAUCGUACAAAAAUCAAGAUUCCGGAUUACAUUCCUCAACGCCAUUUAGUUCUCCUAUAUCGAGAAGUUCUUCUGAAAUAGCACUUAUGCCACCACCGUCUCAUUACCGAAGACCUUCACGAGGUGAGAAUAAUUCGACAUCUCAACGUGUCAUGAGACCAACCAUAUCGUCGCAGAAUAAAAUCAAAUCAAAUGCUUCAUCGAUGAAAUCGAAUUCGAAUUUGGCUCGUAGAAGACAAAGUGGAUCUUUAUCUUAUAUGGCUCUCAAUGAUGUUAGCAACAUGGAAGAUUCCAGCUCCGAAGAUAAUAAAUCAGAUAGACCAAGAAAUUCGGCAGUAUUUUCUGAUAAACAAACGCUGAACAAACGAUCGAGUAAAUUUUUGGAGAGAAGUUGCAGCGAAAGAGAUUUAUCAGCGUUGAGUUACUUGGCGAAUAAAAAACGAAAUCAUCAGUUGAACGAAGCGAAAUCAGAAGCUCAAUUGCUCGGUAGCACUUUUCUCGAUGUCAAUAACCAACCACUAUUGAAUUUUUCAGUAUCUAGAGAUCUUCUAAACACAGUAGUCGAGCAAUUCAAGAAAACAGCCGAAAACAUAAUCCGUAUUCACGACCGUAUCGCCGUCGAGAACAUGAACGACGCCGAGAAGAAAAUGCUUCUGUUAAGUCUACGUAACACAAUCGGCCAAGUACAGAAUAAUCUUCGCAGUAAAUUCGAACCAGGCGAUAUGAUGCAAAAUGAGCUGGUCAACAACGAUAAUACCCCCAAAUCAAACAAUUCAGAUGAUAUGAGGUUACCUAGUGAUAAUAUGGUUUCGAUGAUUCAGCAAUAUUCCGAUGUUCUUGUAUCGAUCGUUCAACAGAAAUUCGAUCAGAAACCAUAAGUCAUCCAGUGUAGUAUUUUUAAUCGGUGUCGUUUUAAUAUUUUGCGAGUUUAUUUUUCUAUUUAGGUAUUAUUGACAGUAUUAACAUUUUGCGCCAUUUUUUUUGUUAACGUUCUAUUUUUUUUUUUCAUAAUUGUUAUUUCCGUUAUGUACCUACCUACUAAUAGUGCUGAACUCUUAUCAUUUCCUCUCCCUUUUUGUAAUUUACUAAAAUACUUUGUUUUGUUUCUUCCUUAUAUAUUUUUUUUGUAAUUUUCAUCAUUGUGAAUGAACUAGUCAUAUAGUAAUGCGCAUUAUUAAGUUUACAUAAAAUCAGUAUUAAGUAGAUGUUUAUUUUUGAACUAAUAUUAACAAAUAAGUAAAUACUUUUUGUAAGUUA